AUGUGGACAGAAGAGGAGCUGCUGGGUGAGGUCUGCUGUUGUAGCUGAGCAAAUAAUGGAGCAAAGCAGUAAACUCGGGUCAGAAAAGCCUCGGAAUUAAUCGAUUUAGUGAGGUCUUAAAACUCAGAUAUUUGUUCCUUCAGUAUUGCGGUGCGUCUGUCUUUAACACACCAUGGGCUGUUAGCUGCUAGCCGCUAACGCCUAAUGCACCUGUGUCCGGCUUCUUUGUCUCGCUCGUGUCGGUGGCUUUAAUUUCUCCCCGCCUGUUAAUGAACUUGUUAAGGUAAACGUUAACUACUUCUUUCUUUUCAUCCUCCAAUGUGAAAAGCUUCUGUCACCAGCAUCCGACGUGCGCUGUCAAAGCUAGACAAAGAACCGGUGACUGUCUCCGUCCAGAAAUGUAUGAUGUGAGCUCUGCAUACGUCCCUCUGGAUAUUUAUACACCCAAAUAGUCGAGCUAGUCCCGAAACUAAGAAAUGGCGUCCUCCAAAGCAAAGGUCGGAGUCAACAGUGAGACCCAGAAAGAAAGUAAAGGCAACGCCAGCAGUUCAGCUGGAGAAGCAUCACCAAAUAACCGGAUAUACUGCCUUGAUGACCUGGAGACUAUUGCCACAGUUGGCACGGGGACCUUCGGCCGAGUCUUCCUGGUCAAGGACAAGAAGAGCAGGGCCUUCUUCGCCCUGAAGCAGAUGAAGAUCCCCGACGUAAUCCGACUGAAGCAGGAGCAGCACGUCCACAACGAGAAGGAGGUGCUGACAGAGGUCAACCACCCCUUCCUCAUCCGACUGUUCUGGACCCACCACGAUGAGCGUUUCCUGUACAUGCUGAUGGACUACGUACCGGGCGGCGAGCUGUUCAGCUACCUCCGCAGCCGUGGACGCUUCAGCAACGCAACGGGCCUCUUCUAUACCUCAGAGAUCGUAUGCGCCAUCGAGUACCUCCACUCCAAAGAAAUCGUGUACCGAGACUUGAAGCCAGAGAACAUCCUGCUGGACAGUGAAGGGCACAUCCGUCUGACUGACUUUGGCUUCGCUAAAAAGCUCUCUGACAGGACCUGGACCCUGUGUGGCACUCCUGAGUACUUGGCUCCCGAAGUCAUCCAAAGCAAAGGUCACGGCCGAGCUGUGGACUGGUGGGCUCUGGGCAUCCUUAUCUUUGAAAUGCUGGCUGGGUACCCGCCGUUCUUUGAUGACAAUCCAUUUGGAAUCUAUCAGAAGAUUUUGGCCGGAAAACUGGAAUUCCCACGCCAUCUGGAUUUCUAUGUCAAAGACCUCAUCAAGAAAUUUCUGGUCAUUGACCGAGCCAGACGGCUAGGAAACAUGAAGAAUGGAGCAGACGAUGUGAAAAAGCACCGGUGGUUCAAGACAAUUGACUGGGACGCAGUUCCUCUGAGGAAGCUGAAGCCCCCAAUUGUUCCUAAAGUUUCUCAUGAAGGCGACACUUCCAACUUUGACAUCUACCCAGAGGACGACUGGAAGAAAGACCCUCCUGUGCCUCAGAAGGACUUGGAAAUCUUCAAGAACUUCUGAACCCUCAGCCUGGCUUAUUUAUUGAUUGAUUAGUUGAUUGGUGGAAUAUGCUGAGAAUUGACACGACAUAUUGUAAAGGUACUGUUGCAGGUACUAUCAUGGAGAAAAUGCUUAUUUAUCAAAGCGGGGGAGUCGCAUUUUAUCUUUAAUAAUGACUUCCCUGGAAUACAAACUCCAAAUGACAGAUGCUGUGACAUGUAUCAAACCACAGAGAUGAUUUGCUUUUUAUAUUUUUAUUUAUCUGACUAAAGUCAAAUCGUUGUUGUUUUAAUUUCUUUUUUAUUUUUAAAUCAUUGUUUUUUCUCUGAGCCUGCACAUAUGCAAAAAAAAAAAAAAAAAAAGGAAAAACAUCUGGUUCCUUUGAAACCAAAUGACUGUUACUUUCUAGUUUUAAAACUGAAUAAUCAGGUCUUUUUUUAUAUUGUCAUGUUUUAUAUUUUCUCUCUUUUUAAAAUGUUCAUGUUGUCAUAUUUAAUGUGACUUCAGACUGGUGCUGUAACUGUCAGCUGGCCAGUAGUCGUUAAUGACUUAUUAUACUGUUUGUAGUCAGACACUUUAUUUGAAAACGCGUGACAGGUAGCACUUGUAAAAAGGUGCCUUACGCCACAGUUUGAUAGGGAUAUUGUCUCGCAGUUACAUCACUUGAAAUCAGCAGUACUAAUGGAAGUAGGACUCUCAGUGCAUGCGAGGUUGUAAAGAACAGGCUGCUGUCACGUCUCCUACUGUAAAGCUGUCUUCUCUCCCAGCUCUGUUAUUUCCCCCUGCAACUCCGCAACAGGUUUAUUCACAGCCAAAGUUCUUUGUUAUUAUCGUGGAGCUCCAGCUGGUCUACAGAUGAACAACCGACUUUCCCAUCACACCUUCACCCAUCAUCAUCAUCAGCAUGCUUCUAAAGCCAAGUCACGUGAGGUGAAAGGCAAGUGCGAUAUUUAACUGAGUCAGUAUUCAUCCGCAUUUUAGUGGGCUUAACUCGAUAUUUUAGAGCAACAUCCACCCUCGAGGUUUCAUUUUGCGCCCUGGCCUUCAGCGUUGCCGACGAAGCCGAAAACAUCUCAUUACCAGGUGUUGCGACAGGAAACAGCAGCAGGUCUAAACAAAGUUGAGUUGUGUCACCGUUGGAGACCAGCGGCUCUACGUGUACACUUAAAUCCUCAAUCAGUGUCUUCACAGGUGGCAUUCGUGUGUGGUAGUUAGUGCAGAGCGACGCAGAAUUUCUUUCCGAGCGAUAUGUUGUCUUGGAGACGUCCACCUGUGUGAGCUCAAGCUGGGCUCAGACUACAGGGGCAGAUCUACACCCGAUUCACCCCUCAUGACCCCACGUUCAGGCGAGAUUAGUCAGUAAUGUGAGGUGUUUACAGAUUCAACCUGAAAAAUCCCAAACACCUCACAGAGUCAUCGAGGCCGCCUUGAUUAAUAUCAACCGUGUUUGAAGUUUAUUGGGCUGGUUAUCACUCUACUGCUCAGAGUGAAACAUUUCAGCCCUUGAGGAUCGCUUUAGCCACAGAUAUUUAAACUGAAUUAAACUCCCAUUUUUUCCUCAUCCAGACUCAUUUAGCUUUUGCCUUUUUCUACAUGCAAAGUAUUAUUAGUGUUUGUUUGUGGCGGCACACUACUUCCCGUCUGCUCCCUUUGACACUAUCAUCUUAAUAUCUUGUAGUAGGGUGGCACUAACAAAUAUUUAACAGUUGAAUUAUCAAUCGAUUUAUUGAAUCUAAAUUGCACAAUUACUAAAUGGCUCGUAUCUUGCUAUCAGCUUUUAAAUUUCGCUUUGAGGUUGUUUUAUGCACAAGCUAAAUGGCAAUAAAAGUAAAGGUACUUAUUGUGUACUUUAUGUUUAUCUGUGCUUAUGUGAAUCGCAGCGACAACACUGCAAUUUUUGAUACCCAGCUUUAUUUAAUCACGUUAAAAAGUUGCGAAAAUCACAACAGCACAAAAACAGGCAGUGACAUCAUCGAUUCAUGGACAGCUAAUUCACUGGAAAUAGUCCCUUAUUUUUGUCAGCUGCAUUGAUUAUUCAUUGCACUCCUGUCUUGCAGUGUGGGAUGCGUCGUUAUGUUAAAAUUUCUUCUUUGAGCGUGAUGCAACCAGAUUUUAAAAUCUUUUUAAAACCUCUGUAGCAUGAGCCCAACUUUAGCCAAUCAAACAUUCUUGAAGAAUCAACUGAUGACAAAAUGAGCAUUAAUAAUUACCACUGUAUUGUUUCAGCAACAAGGAAAUGAUUCGAUUUGUAAACUGAUCUGUAAAUUUGGAAGAACAGGCAGCAAAUCGAACGAACAUCUGAGUCUGUAGCUUCAGUCCCAACUGAAAAUCGCAGCUAACUUUGGAAUGAAUGAAUCCUUCUCAUGCAGUGCUGAUGUUGGAAAUCCUAGUUUAGUUUGACAUUUUGAUUUCAGCUCACCUCUCAUUGACUUCAACCUGAAUACAGUCAACUUCUCUCAACAAUCCAGAAACCAUCACCUGAUGUUCACAUCCAUGUAUCUCCAUCUAGCUGCCAUCAUCAUCCAACAUACUAAAUUCUUACUCCUAUUUGAUUUCAUGUUUCUUUCACAGCACAAAUUGCUGUAGAACUUAAUGGAUAUGUAAUAUAGUGACUCAUAUUCUUUUCUAAGUCUGAAGUACAUAACAUUAAUUAUUAAAGCCUUGCGACAAACACAUGUGGAGCACAUUUUACUGAAAAAUAGACUCAAAAACAACACUAAAAGAAAAAUAUAAAGGGACAUUUUAGAUUUUACUGGAGAUUGUAUCAAUACAAGAGGAAAAAUAGGGUCAAUGUUGCACAUAAUGGCCCUGAUGCUAUAGUGUUAGUGUGUUAGAAAAAUAUAAUGACCCUAAACUAUCACAAAAAGUAUUGCCUCAUUUCAUUUAAAGGUGGUGGAUUUAGCAGGGAUGUAGUUAGCUUCAGUAAGUUAAAACAAUCUCACAACACUGAAGCCUGGACCUCAGCCGUCAGAGCUCCCACUGUAAAUACAGCAACCAUUACCAUCCAUCUUUCUUCUAACUGUAUAGUCACAUUUGUUUCUUCCACUCUCCCCUGUAAACGUGUUAUAUCACACUGCCUGUCAGCCAGUCGCUGUGCCCAUAGUUAGCAAGCUCAUGAAACACUAUGUCGACGAUGCCACCUGCUUCGUUGUGUAAAAGCUGCUCUGGAUAUGUCUUUUAACAGCGUUCUCCUCUGAUAACUUUGCACUUUUAUUACAGUGUUCAAAUCAAUGCAGCAGACCCGGAGCUAUCGUUUUUCUUCCAUGCAUUCUUCUUCCUUGUCAAAAGCUGGCUCCUACAUUACCCACAAUGCAGCUUCGUCAGCUGCAGUUCAGUCUGGUCCGUCAAAGUUUUUCUCCUAGACAGGAAACUUUGUAAAAAAAAAAUAAAAAAAAAAAGAAAGAAAAAAAAGCUAUACAAUAUACAACAGAAAGUGCAGACACCCCUGUGCAAAAAUGUCAAAUAUUUCAAAAUUGUAUCACCUUGCAGUAAUCAGACUACUUCUAAAUGGAACAGAGUAUAUGCUGUGAUGUAUAAGGGUUAGGGUUAGUUAGUUUCAAAACUGAGAAAGUUCUGGUGUUCACAGCUCAUCCUACAAACAUUAUCAUGCUUUUUGAAAUGACAGGGUUUUUUUUGUUUUGUUUUUUUGUUUGUUUGUUUUGUUGCAUUGACUUUCUGCUUUGGGGCCUGUAUUUUUAAUAUUUGCAUUUGAUUGUUCAUAAAAGGAAAUAAUUGACUGAUCAACCGAGAAAAAACACUGAGAGGUGAUGCAACUUUAAAUCAACUGACAUUUGAAUGAUAUUGCACAGGGGUGGACUCACUUCUGUUGUGUACCACAAGUAUGUUUAGACUUGCAGAGAUGAUAAGCUGAUUAAUACCAACCACUCUGCUCCUGGAAAAUAGUACAAUUGUAAGUAUCGGCGCCAAAUAUUUAACUGCGGCAGCUUCAGUUUAAGAACAUACUGAGUGCAUUGCUUUCAAAACCACACAUUAAUCAAGCCAUUAUGACUGAUGCAAACAUAGUCACUUAGUUUUAAAGGUCAUCCACAGUGUACUAUAUAUGGGAAUGCACAGAAAUUAGUAUGUAUUACCAUCAUAUUCAGUAGCAGCUGUGUGUGUCCUGGUUAUAUGUAGCUUUUAAAUGUAGGAAAGAAAAAAAAAAAAACGGCAAGCUUCAUGAUGUCUGUAAUAUCACAGUCCACACUGUAUUUAAAGCUUUUUCUGCUGAGUAGAAGAACGUGCUUUAUUGGUGCUCAUCCAUUUAGAGCAGUUUUUGUACAAUGCAUGUGUUGUUUUUACUGUCCGGUCCGAACCCACAUUGUCUUACCCAGCAAUCCGCUUUCUAAUUCUCAACCUUUGCCUUGAAAAUCUUUUGUUGGAGCAAUGAUUAAUCGUUUUCUACCCAGUACAUAGCAAUGCCUUUUAAUAUCCAGUAACUCCCUUUAUACCUUUAGUUAUGGAACUUUAAGCAAUGACAUAUGUUUGUAUGAAGACUGACUCGUCUUUGGAAAUGUUUGAAAAAACUGAAAGUGAUAAGAAAGAAACAUGGUCUUUUUUUCUCUUC